AUCGAACCCAGUGCCUCACAUGUGCUAAGCUAGUGCUCUGCCACUCAGCCCCAGCCCCAGCCCACAAGUAGCUUUUUGAGCAUUCCUUCAUUAUCAUGUAUUGUCUCACCUUCCCCCUCUGGAGACCACUGGUAGGGUUCACAGGUGGGACCAUGCCCCCCAAAUGUGCCUGCAGCAUUCCCCUCUUUAUUUAAAGAAUAUUUAUUGGUGUUUGAGCAUUUCAUCUGCAGAUUCCAUUGAAUUAGAAAAAUUCAAAUAUGUGAACUCUCUUCCCUCCCCGCCCGGAAAUGAUUGUGUACUAGGCAAAAGACUGGACAAAAUCACAUAUCUUCCUGCCACGUCACAUCAUGUGGGAACCACCCCUACCCCCUUUUGGGGCAGUACCCGAGGCCUUGGUGAUGUGAAGCUGGAUCUGCUUCCGCUUUUGGCUCAUUCCCUGCAACUCCAACCCCCAUGUCUAUGUUCAGUUUUCACAGCAACUCGCCCUGACUUCUCCAUAAUCCUGGAGUCCCCCCACCUCCACCCUACCUGAUGAGUAACUCAAGACUGGUCUCUCUGCCCUCUCUGUCUUAUUAUCACAUAGAGAAGUCAUUGUUUUCUCCAGAAUCUGUGGUACUAUUCUAGCUUCAUUUAUAGCAGUUAUAAGACAGAAGCAUUUAUGGAUUGUGAGUUCCUUGGAUUGAGAACACUCAUUUUCACUAGCAAAUUCUUAGCCCUUGUUCAAGUGCCCAUCACAGAGUAAGCCCCUGGCAGAUGUUCAUGGAUGAAUAAAUGCUGUUUGUCCUGUGUAUCCUGAAGGCCACAAGUUCCACUAGCAGACUCUCAUGAAGUACCUAUUAUGCUUUCUUCAAUGUACAUGCCAACAGACCUUUGAUCCUGGCUGACUCACUAUUGCAGAUUCCUAUAUUGACAGUGAAAUGCUUUCCUAGAAGCAUUUUAAGCAGGACAAGGUAGGACUUCUCCUUGGAGGAAGAACACUGUGUGUGGCCAGUGUCACCCACCAGGGCACCCCUGUGUGGCAUAUGUAUGAUAAGGUAAGCAGAGCCAUAGUAGUCAGCUCUCUUUGGGAGCUGUGGGAGGUCUGCAUGUGGCUUUAUGGAGGCCCUCUCCUUUCCUUGAAGCCUGUGCAGACAGACUGCCACAGAGAGAGGUGCACCAGAGCUGGAGAUAUGGAGGAACAUAGGGCAUGGCGAAUCCCUGCCUUGCUCUGGGGCCUCAUCCAUGCACCAGAAUGGACCCUCUCUCCACCAGCUCCUCUAGAAGAACUGACACAUUCUGCUCCAUAUAUGCAGAUUAAAAAUGUCUUUUAAAUGGUCACUUAGAAAUUGGAUGGCAAUGCUGGAGUUAGCCUAAUGGUAGAGCACUUACCUGGCAUGUACAGGCCUUGGAUUUGAUUCCCAGCACACACAAAAAUAAAAGAAGCAGCAGAAGAAGAAGACAGAAAUUGGAUGACAACUUCAAGUCCAUAAUGGGGGGGGGCAAAAGAAGAAGUGAAAGUGCUUGGGAUUCCUCCAGCUUACUGGCAAACAGAGGCACCCACUGGUGCUCAUGCCCGGCAUGGCCAGAAGCUCUUAAACAACAGUUAUGAGAAUUACCAUUUUGAGAGGAAUCCUACUUGCCACCAAGAGUUCUCAGAAAUUAGCAGUCCACAAUAUGCGCUCACUCCAUACCCAUUCGGUUACUGACCUAAAAAACAAACACUGAAAUACUCAAUGACUUGUGUAAUGUUUAAUGUGUUAACAGUAGGCAAAUAAGCUUUUUAGUGGGGCGGGGUGGGGUAUGCCUUGCCCUUCCUGGCCCAGGAGGAUCAAAGUGAGCCCUCUUCAGAGAGGAGUUCUACUUCAGAUGGAUGAGGUAGUUGCUUUGCCAGUGGCCAGCCCUAUAUCUGCCUUGGCCUGGCUUUUGGGGCUUUGUGGGCCCUGGUCUUGGCGGUCACUGCCUCUGGGACUCUGUGCUGCCAUGGGGUUGAGUGCUAUAGGGAGCACUUCCUAUAGCACUUCCUUCCCCUGUGUGCAUCAGCUUUCGUAACCACAUAGCUCUCCAGGUUUUGCAAUUCCGGGAUCUCCUCCUCUACAUUCCUGACACUGCACAUAAGGCCUGGCACAAACAAAGAGCAACAAGCAGGGUGCUGGGAUGCAGGAGCAAAUUGUGGGGACUGAAGGGAUAAUUUUGCCCUCUUGUUCUCAAGGUGACAUUCUGGAAGUGAUAUAGUGUUAGAAGGGUGCUCACUGCCUUAGGAUUCAGGGAAUGGAGGAGUGUAGUGGCUAAGAGCACAGGUGUGGGGGUUAAAACAGGCUAAGGAGCACAGCCUGUCCCAGCGGCCUCCUGGCACCGUGAUCUUGAGCUGAGUACUUCCUCCUGGCUUAGUCAUCUAUCAAGGGUGGUACCAGGGGCCAAAGCUGCAUAAGGAUGCCAUCAGAACAUAGUGGGUAAAAAUAUAGAAAACAGAAACUUAUGUCCUCAAGCACCAGAGAGAGCCAAGGCCCCCUCCCUUCCAAGUCCUGUGUGUUUCAAAUCCCUGGGUCUUUGCUAUCAGAGCUGUUCUGUUUGAAGUAACACACUGGCAAUCCAUUCUGCUCACUUACUCUAACAUGGUAAGAGGUGUUUUAUGAUUAUUGUCCAAAUUUUGCUCAAUUACCCUCCAUCUGCCCAAAGGUGCCAGAGAGUCAUGCCCGUUAGUCCUGGGUCCCUCCUGAUGUCCUGCAAAGCCUCAGCUCUCCCACACUCCAGGGCCACCCUGCUGCACCCCAAAGGCUUGCUGGCCCCGCCCCGGAGCCCUCUGUGCAGCACUGCCCCUGCCUAGCCAGUUCUCCUGCAGCCCUGAGGAAGACCUGCGGCCAGCCUCCAGAAGACUCAGGUCAGUUUCUGGUGCUGCCUCCGUAGACUGAAUAGGAGGCAUUUCGUCUUUGGUUGGUGGCUAGUGCUGGGCGUCCCUGUGGCGAGAGGAUGGCGGUGCUGCAGCAGCUGGCCCUCCUGCUGUGGAAGAACUACACCUUGCAGAAGCGGAAGGUUCUAGUGACAGUCCUGGAACUCUUUCUGCCCUUACUGUUUUCUGGGAUCCUGAUUUGGCUUCGUUUGAAGAUCCAGUCAGAAAAUGUGCCCAAUGCUACGGUCUACCCUGGUCAGUCCAUCCAGGAGCUGCCCCUGUUUUUCACCUUCCCUCCGCCAGGGGACACCUGGGAGCUCGCCUACAUCCCUUCCCACUCUGAGGCUGCCAAGACCAUCACUGAGACUGUGAGAAAGUCCCUAGUGAUCAACAUGAGAGUGCGUGGCUUUCCCUCUGAGAAGGACUUCGAGGACUACGUUCGGUACGACAACCACUCCUCCAAUGUACUGGCUGCCGUGGUGUUCCAGCUGGCCUCCAACCACAGCAAGGAGCCCCUGCCGCUGGCGGUGAAAUAUCACCUACGCUUCAGCUACACACGAAGGAAUUACAUGUGGACCCAAACUGGCAACUUCUUCCUGAAAAAGACAGAGGGCUGGCACACCACUUCCCUUUUUCCACUUUUCCCAAACCCAGGACCAAGGGAACCUGCAUUCCCUGAUGGUGGGGAACCUGGAUACAUCCGCGAAGGCUUCUUGGCAGUGCAACACGCCGUGGACAAGGCCAUCAUGUACUACCACGCCAAUGCCUCUGCGCAUCAGCUGUUCCAGAAACUCACUGUGGUCGCCAAGAGAUUCCCGUUUCCACCAUUUAUCUCAGACCCCUUCCUUGUUGCCAUCCAGUACCAGCUGCCCCUGCUGCUCAUGUUGAGCUUCACCUACACCUCCCUCUCCAUCAUCCGGGCUGUGGUGCAGGAGAAAGAGAGAAGACUAAAGGAGUACAUGCGCAUGAUGGGGCUGAGCAGCUGGCUGCACUGGAGCGCUUGGUUCCUCAUGUUCUUCCUCUUCCUCCUCAUCGUGGUCUCCUUCAUGACCCUGCUCUUCUGCGUCAAGGUGAAGAAGGACGUGGCAGUGCUCUCAAGCAGUGACCCCUCCCUGGUGCUGGCCUUCCUGCUGUGUUUUGCCAUCUCCUCCAUCUCCUUUAGCUUCAUGGUCAGCACCUUCUUCAGCAAAGCUAACAUGGCAGCAGCCGUUGGCGGUUUCCUCUACUUCUUCACCUAUAUCCCCUACUUCUUUGUGGCUCCUCGGUACAACUGGAUGACACUGACCCAGAAGCUCUUUUCCUGUCUCCUAUCCAAUGUUGCCAUGGCAAUGGGAGCCCAGCUCAUAGGAAAAUUCGAAGCCAAAGGCACGGGCAUCCAGUGGCGAGACCUCCUGAGUCCUGUCAAUGUGGAUGAUGACUUCUGCUUUGGGCAAGUGCUGGGGAUGCUGCUACUGGACUCUGUGCUCUAUGGCCUGGUGACCUGGUAUGUGGAGGCUGUCUUCCCUGGCCAGUUCGGUGUGCCCCAGCCCUGGUACUUCUUCCUCAUGCCCUCCUACUGGUGUGGGAACCCGAGGACAGUUGUUGGGAAAGAAGAAGAAGACAGUGACCCUGAGAAAGCUCUCAGAACCGAGUACUUUGAAGCUGAGCCCGAGGACUUGGUGGCAGGGAUCAAGAUCAAGCAUCUGUCCAAGGUGUUCCAAGUGGGGAAUAAGGACAAGACAGCUGUCAGGGACCUGAACCUGAACUUGUAUGAGGGGCAGAUCACCGUCCUGCUGGGCCACAACGGUGCAGGGAAGACCACCACCCUUUCCAUGCUCACAGGACUCUUUCCCCCUACUAGUGGACGUGCAUAUAUUAGUGGGUAUGAAAUUUCCCAAGACAUGGUUCAAAUCCGGAAGAGUUUGGGCCUGUGCCCCCAGCACGACAUUCUUUUUGACAACCUGACGGUGGUGGAACAUCUCUACUUCUAUGCGCAGUUGAAAGGCCUGUCUCAGCAGAAGUGCCCUGAGGAAGUCAAGCAGAUGCUGCACAUCCUCAAUCUGGAGGACAAACGCAACUCACUGUGCAAGUUCCUGAGUGGAGGCAUGAAACGCAAGCUGUCCAUCGGCAUCGCCCUCAUAGCAGGCUCCAAGGUGCUGAUGCUAGACGAGCCCACCUCAGGCAUGGACGCCAUCUCCAGGAGGGCCAUCUGGGACCUUCUUCAGCAGCAGAAGAGUGACCGCACCAUCCUCCUGACCACCCAUUUCAUGGAUGAGGCUGACCUGCUGGGGGACCGCAUUGCCAUCAUGGCCAAGGGGGAGCUGCAGUGCUGUGGGUCAUCACUGUUCCUCAAACAGAAAUAUGGUGCUGGCUAUCACAUGACGCUGGUAAAGGAGCCACACUGCAACCCUGAAGGCAUCUCCCAGCUGGUGCACCACCAUGUCCCCAAUGCCACACUGGAAAGCAGUGUUGGGGCUGAGCUGUCCUUUAUACUUCCCAAGGAGAGCACGCACAGGUUUGAAAGUCUUUUCACUAAACUGGAAAAUAAGCAGAAGGAAUUGGGCAUCGCCAGCUUCGGGGCCUCUGUCACCACCAUGGAGGAAGUCUUCCUUCGGGUUGGCAAGUUGGUAGACACCAGCAUGGACAUCCAAGCCAUCCAGCUCCCUGCCCUGCAGUACCAGCACGAGAGGCGGGCGAGCGACUGGGCUGUGGACAGCAAUCUGUGCGGAGUGAUGGACCCAACUGACGGCAUCGGCACCCUCAUUGAGGAGGAGCACACUGUGGUCAAGCUCAACACUGGGCUUGCCCUCCACUGCCAGCAGUUCUGGGCCAUGUUCCUGAAAAAGGCCACAUACAGCUGGCGGGAGUGGAAGAUGGUGGCAGCCCAGGUCCUGGUCCCCUUGACCUGCGUCACCCUAGCCCUCUUGGCCAUCAACUAUUCCUCGGAGGUCUUCGAUGAUCCCAGCCUGAAGCUGAGCUUGAGCGAAUAUGGCAGAACUGUGGUGCCCUUCUCAGCUCCUGGCACCUCUCGACUGGAUCAGCAGCUGUCAGAGCUCUUGAGAGACGUGCUGCAGGCCGAGAGGCAGGAGCCCCGCGAGGUGCUGGGUGACCUGGAGGAGUUCCUGGUUUUCAGGGCAUCAGUAGAAGGAGGCGGCUUUAAUGAGCGGUGCCUGGUGGCAACAUCCUUCAGAGAUGUGGGAGAGCGGACAGUGGUCACCGCCUUAUUCAACAACCAGGCCUACCACUCCCCAGCCACCGCCCUGGCCAUCGUGGACAACCUUCUAUUCAAGCUGCUGUGUGGCCCUCGGGCCUCCAUCGUGGUCUCCAACUACCCCCAGCCCCGGAGUGCCCUACAGGCUGCCAAGGACCAGUUCAAUGAGGGCCGAAAGGGGUUCGACAUUGCCCUCAAUUUGCUAUUUGCCAUGGCAUUCCUGGCCAGCACCUUUUCCAUCCUGGCAGUCAGUGAGAGGGCCGUCCAGGCCAAGCAUGUCCAGUUUGUGAGCGGUGUCCAUGUGGCUACUUUCUGGUUCUCUGCUCUGCUAUGGGACCUCAUCUCCUUCUUGGUCCCUGCUCUGCUGCUGUUGGUGGUGUUCAGAGCCUUCGAUGUUCGCGCCUUCACACGGGAUGGACACAUGGCUGACGUGCUGCUGCUGCUUAUGCUCUAUGGCUGGGCCAUCAUCCCCUUUAUGUACCUCAUGAGCUUCUUCUUCUCGGGCGCAUCCACUGCCUACACCAGGCUGACCAUCUUCAACAUUCUGUCAGGCAUCGCCACCUUCCUAGUGGUCACCAUCAUGCGCAUCCCAGCAGUGAAGCUCGAAGAACUUUCCAGAACCCUGGAUCACGUGUUCCUGGUGCUGCCCAACCACUGUCUGGGGAUGGCUGUCAGCAGUUUCUAUGAGAACUAUGAGACACAGCGGUACUGCACCUCCUCAGAGGUCGCCGCCCACUACUGCAAGAAAUACAAUAUUAAGUACCAGGAGAACUUCUUCGCCUGGAGCGCCCCAGGGGUUGGCAGGUUCAUGACCUCUAUGGCUGCCUCAGGGUGUGCCUACCUCACCCUGCUCUUCCUCAUUGAGACCAACCUGCUGUGGAGACUGAGGACCUUUAUCUGUGCCUUCCAGAAGAGGUGGACAUUGGAAGAAUUGCACAACCGGACAUCAGUGCUUCCUGAGGACCAGGAUGUGGCAGAUGAGAGGAGCCGAGUCCUGGCCCCUGGCCUGGACAUCCUGCUGCACACGCCUCUGACAAUCAGGGAGCUCUCCAAGGUGUAUGAGCAGCAGGUGCCCCUCCUGGCUGUGGACAGGAUCUCCCUCACUGUCCAGAAAGGGGAGUGUUUUGGCCUGCUGGGCUUCAACGGAGCCGGGAAAACCACGACAUUCAAGAUGUUGACUGGGGAGGAGCCCAUCACCUCAGGGGAUGCCUUCGUUGAGAGCUACAGCAUCAGCUCUGACAUUGGGAAGGUGCGGCAGCGGAUGGGCUACUGUCCCCAGUUUGAUGCCCUGUUGGAUCACAUGACUGGCCGGGAGAUGCUGGUCAUGUAUGCUCGGCUCCGAGGCAUCCCUGAGCACCUCAUUGACCCCUGCGUGGAGAACACACUGCGAGGCCUGCUCCUGGAGCCACAUGCCAAUAAGCUGGUCAGGACCUACAGUGGUGGUAACAAGCGCAAAUUGAGCACUGGCAUCGCCCUCAUUGGAGAUCCUGCAGUCAUCUUCCUGGAUGAGCCAUCCACUGGCAUGGACCCCGUGGCUCGGCGCCUGCUCUGGGACACUGUUGCCCGGGCCCGCGAGUCUGGCAAGGCCAUUGUCAUCACCUCCCACAGCAUGGAAGAGUGUGAGGCCUUGUGCACCCGGCUGGCCAUCAUGGUGCAGGGUCAGUUCAAGUGCCUGGGAAGCCCACAGCACCUCAAGAGCAAGUUUGGCAGCGGCUACUCCCUGCGGGCCAAAGUCCGAAGUGAAGGGCAGCAGGAGGCACUGGAGGAGUUCAAGGCAUUUGUGGACCUGACCUUCCCAGGCAGUGUCCUAGAAGAUGAGCACCAAGGCAUGGUCCACUAUCACCUGCCUGGUGGCAACCUCAGCUGGGCCAAGGUUUUUGGUAUCCUGGAGAAAGCCAAGGAGAAGUAUGGAGUGGAUGACUACUCAGUGAGCCAGAUCUCACUGGAGCAAGUCUUUCUGAGCUUUGCCCACCUACAACCCCCCACUGCAGAGGAGGGACGAUGAGGAGCCGUCUGCUGCCUCCAGGGCACUAGGCAGGGACUGGAC